GGAUGGACUGGGGAGGCGUAAACUGUCUGAAAGCGACAGUUAGUUCUCUAUGCAGCAACAGAGAAGGAGACCAAACAUACAUACAUACAUACAGGUUGAUAAUAAUAUGUGUUCAGAUCUAGAAUAAACGCUUUAGGCUACAUUAGUAAACAUUUUCAUCUUUACUGGACUUCAUUACAGUUCUGCGAGAAUGCUUUUCAAAGCCGUUCUAUUCCUGGCAGGCGUGCAUGCGGUUUCAGGCGUUUUUAACGGCAGCUCCAUCGUGAGGACCUUUGCCAGGAGGUUAGUCACGGAAGGGUCCGCGGUCACAGACGAGCCAAUAGAUCUAGACCUACUGGACUACUACCCAGACAUAGGCAGUAAUGGGACUGGAGUUGGACUAAACAAUGUGUCCGGACCGGGAGAGAGAGUUGGGUUUAUAAAUGGGUCCAGACUGGGACCGUUGGAACUGGGCUCUGCCAGGAAUGCUACAGAAGUCUGGUCUUACACCAUCUCUGUUAUGGCCAACAACUUCCUCACAGGCCACCUCUCUACCAUCUUCAUCCCGACGCUUUACACCUUCGUCUUCUUCAUCAGCGUGCCUCUUAACAUUGUUGCCAUGGUGACCUUUGCCCAACGGAUCCGGCCCAUGAAGCCGGCAGUGAUCUACAUGCUGAACCUGGCAGCCGCCGACCUGCUGUUCGCCCUGCUGCUGCCCUUCAAGAUCGUCUACCACUACAAUGGCAAUGACUGGGGCUUCGGCGAGGGGUUGUGCCGCCUGGUCACUGCGGCUUUCUACUGCAACAUGUACUGCUCCAUCCUCCUCAUGACCUGUGUCAGCGUGGACCGCCUGCUGGCAGUGGCCUACCCCAUCAACUCCCUGGCCUGGAGGAGCCCCCGCAACGCAGCCUUGGCCUGUAGCGCCAUGUGGAUCCUGGCUGUGGGUGGCUCGCUGCCUCUUGUCCUCUCACAGCAGACGGUCUACUACGACCCACUGGAUAUCACCACCUGCCAUGACAUCCAGGACCUGGAGCUGUUAGAGGAGCAAUACGUCUUCUUCUUUCCUAUACUCUCCUGCACCCUCUACUUCCUGCCGCUGUUCAUAAUGGUGACCUGUUACUCCCGGGUGGUGCAGGUGCUCAACAAGGCUCCGCGCGGUGUUGUAGGCCGUUCAAGGCAGAAGGCGCGGGCUGUGGUGAUGGCGGUUACCGUGCUUGUGGUGUUCGUGGUCUGUUUCACACCCACCAACUCCAUUCUCCUCGCUCACUACCUCCAGAUCGCUGGGCAGGUGGGUGGGGAGCCGGACGCUACCCAUGUGGCCUACCUGGUGUCACUAUGUUUGGGGAGCAUCAGCUGCUGCCUGGACCCGCUGGUCUACUAUUUUGGCUCGUCCCAGUGCCAGAGGCAGCUGGAGGGGGCGCUGGGAUGCCAGGUGGUCGCCGAGGGAAGGAAGAGUCUGGCCUCGUCCUCUGGUUCCUCCAGGACCAGCACCAGGACCAGAAUAAGCACGAGGACCAGCACUAGGAUUACUAAGGUGGACACCUUCCAGGCCAGCCUCAGCAGCCAGUACAAGAAACUCCUGGUCUGAUGGAUAGAUGGAGACACAGAGAGCUGUUUCUUUUUCACUGACAAAAAUGUAAAAAAUAUAUUUAGUAUAUGCUGUAUUUCCACUGUUUCAGACAGUGCAAGAUGCUUCUGGUCUGACAGAUAGACAUGGACCAAAGCUAGGCUAUUUCUGAGGAGAAAGAAUGGAUUUGGCUUGUAUGAUGAAUUCAGUCAGACAUUCAUCCAUAGGUCUGGGUUAGCUAUGCCCAACUCUAAAUAUGAAGAAGAGAUAUACAUUUCCGUUGUUUCAGACAGUGCAAGAAGCUGCUGUCCUGAUUGUCAUGGGCCAAAGUUGUUUCUGACCUGUACGACACUACAGUACCAAGAAUAUAUAUUUAGGGUAAGAGAAAAGGAAAAUGUAAGUUUUGUGAAAAUGUAAUGGAUAACACCAUUUUUAAUCUUUAUCUUAAAUAUAUUUCCCGUUGAAGUUGGUAUUAUUCCCCAAAACGGUUUAGUUUAAGUUUGACGGUCUGCGAUAAGGGAAUAACAAAGGAGUCUUUGUAUAAUCAUGUAUUGUACCAUUUCUUAAACACUCACUGUGAACAAUACAAGGAAAUGCUUUCGACGGCCUGCUGGCCGUAGAGACAUUUACCCAGCAUUGUGAAAUGUGUAGCCUAUGCACUAUGUUGUUAAUGUUGUAUAGAAAUACCAUGCAGUUUAUUAGGUACACCCAUCUUGUACCAGGUCGGACCCCCCUAACCCUCAAGAACAGCCUGAAUUCUUUGGGGCGUGGAAAAGUUGCACAAUUUCUAUAAAGGGACCUAACGUCUGCCAGGAAAACAUUCCCCACACCAUUUCACCACCGCCACCAGCCUGUACCAUUGACACCAGGCAGGAAGGGGCUGCUUAUGCUGCUUACGCCAAAUCCGGACUUUGCCAUCAUCAUGAUGCAACAGGAACCGGGAUUCGUCGGACCAGGCAAUGCUUUUCCACUCAUCAAUUGUCCAGUGUUGGUGAUUACGUGCCCACUGAAGCCGCUUCUUCUUGUUUUUAGCUGAUAGGAGUGUCCCGGUAUGGUCGUCUGCUGCAAUGUUUUUAGAAACUUUUACAAAUGACUCAAGACAUUUCAGCUUUUCAUUUUUAAUUCAAUAAGUAUUCAAUUAUUUUGUUAUGGCAAGCCUAAAAAUGUGCUUAACAUGUCACAUUACAAGUUGCAUGGACUCACUGUGUGCAAUACUAGUGUUUAACAUGAAUUUUGAAUGAGUACCUCAUCUCUGUACCACACACAUAUCAUUAUCUGUAAGGUCCCUCAUCAAGCAGUGAAUUUCAAACACAGAUUCAACCACAAAGACCAGGGAGGUUUUCCAAUACCUUGCAAAGAAGGGCACCUAUUGGUAGAUGGGUAAAUAUAAUAAAAGCAGACAUUGAAUGGUGUAUCAAUACACCCAGGGAUACAGGCGUCUGUAGGAGCGAAGCCUUUUCGUGAACAAGGUGGUGUACCUUAAUCAACUGACCACUGUGUGUAUAUUAUCACUCCAAUAACUUUAGCUCACACUCAUUAUUACUAAAUGUUCCAUUUGUGUGAAUGUAUAAUCUAUGCAUUCAGAAUUGGAAGAGCUGUUUGACUACUCAAAUACCCAGACAAGUCGAGCAAAAUGCAUCAGAGCAGGUACUAUGCUGCGUACAGACACGCUUGCGCACUCAACGAUCGAAAUAUAACGUAUUGCGGUACUACUUUGAGAGUAAGAAGUGCUGUGAUACCCCCUAUUGGUGUGAAUUAUACAUCCUUCAAGUCAAGUACAUUUACAGCACUUUGUCACAGUCCUGCAUGUUGCAUUACAUACAGCAGGUGGCGCUACAUACCUAUUUAGUACAAACAAGUAUUCCGUGGGAUUUAUAUUUUGUCUGGAGGAUAACAUUAAAUGAAAAAAAUAUUAAAUGGUCUUAAAACCUCUCUGGGAUAGGCGGGACGCUUGCGUCCCACUUGGCCAAUAAGCCAGGGAAAAUGUAGAGUGCCAAAUUUAAAAAAAAUGAUAUAAAAUCAAACUUUCAUUAAAUCACACAUAUAAGAUACCAAAUUAAAGCUACACUCGUGAAUCCAGCCAACAUGUCAGAUUUCAAAAAGGCUUUUCGGCGAAAGCAUAAGAUGCUAUUAUCUGAUGAUAGCACAACAGUAAACAAAGAGAGUGUAGCAUAUUUCAACCCUGCAGGCGCAACACAAAACGCAGAAAUAAAAUAUAAAUCAUGCCUUACCUUUGACGAAUGCCUUACCUUUGAAGAAUGCCUUACCUUUUGUUGGCACUCCAAUAUGUCCCAUAAACAUCACAAAUGGUCCUUUUGUUCGAUUAAUUCCGUCCAUAUAUGUCCAAAAUGUCCAUUUAUUUGGCGCGUUUGAUCCAGAAAGAAAACAGCUUCCAAUUUGCGCAACGUCACUACAAAAUAUCUCUAAAAUUACCUCUAAACUUUGCCAAAACAUUUCAAACUACUUUGGUAAUACAACUGAAGUUAUUUGUAAACGUUAAUAAUCGAUCAAAUUGAAGACGGGUUUAUCUGUUUUCAAUACAGGAGGACAACAAACUAACGAUACUUUUCUAGUCUUGCGCAACUCUCAAACAGUACACAAAACGUUACACUGAUUCCAGAUGGCCGUUCUUCUUCAUUGCACAAAGGAAUAACCUCAACAUAUUUCCAAAGACUGGUGACAUUCAGUGGAAGCGGUAGGAACUGCAAACAGGUUGAUUAGAACUCUAGUAUCCCAAUGAAAACUCAUUGAACAGACGGUGACCUCAAAAAUAAAAAAAUCUGAAUGGUUAGUCCUCGGGGUUUUGCCUGCUACAUACGUUCUGUUCUACUCACAGACAUGAUUCAAACAGUUUUAGAAACGUCAGAGUGUUUUCUAUCCAAAUCUACUAAUAAUAUGCAUAUCUAAUAUUCUGGGGAUGAGUAGAAGGAAGUUGAAAUUGGGCACGCUAUUUAUCCAAAAGUGAAAAUGCUGCCCCCUAUCCUAGAGAAGUUUUAAAGAAGGUAUUUGUGCCAUACUGUUACAGAACAUUACAAAAAACAAUGGUAAAUGUUUCAAAUAAAGCUAUCUGAUUUUU